AUGCAGGGGGGGGUCCUUGACAAGGCUACAGGGGGUCCACAAAACUAUACCCAGGGCACUUUGGUGGUCUACUUCUUCCUGUUCAUCUUUGAGGACCUCCCAACCUCCUUGAUUGCUUGUGGAGCAGCUGGUCAACUGUGUCAUCUCCUCAUAUUGAGGAACUUCCCAUAUUUUGACUUUACAUCACCUGCAUUCCUCUUUGGUAUAGAAAAUGUCAAGGAAAAAUAUCAGAUGGGUCAUUUAGUGUCAACUCACCAAAUCAGGAAGAUGGAACCACCUCAGAUCUUGGCAUACUUCACUGUUUGUGUUUGGCUCAUUCCCUUUGCUUUCUUUGUGUCCCUUUCUGCCAAUGAGAAUGUUCUACCUUCCUAUGUGGAAGCUCGACCUCUGCUUAGU